UUCAAAAUGUGAAACGUAACGAAAAUAUAGAAUAAAUCAAUUUUGGAUCCCUUUUGAUUUCGUCGAAAGUCCCAAAAAUUUCCCCAUAUUGGGAAACGACAGUAGAGACUUCUUCGCAAUGGCGACCCAUAAUGUCCAUUCCUGCGAAUUCGAGGUAUUUGGCCGCGUGCAGGGCGUCAACUUCCGGCGACACGCCCUGCGAAAGGCCAAGACACUGGGUCUUCGCGGCUGGUGCAUGAACUCCAGCAGGGGCACCGUGAAGGGUUACAUCGAAGGUCGUCCGGCCGAGAUGGAUGUGAUGAAGGAGUGGCUCAGGACGACGGGCAGUCCGCUGUCCAGCAUCGAGAAGGUGGAGUUCAGUUCUCAGCGUGAGCGCGAUCGCUAUGGCUAUGCCAACUUUCAUAUCAAGCCCGAUCCGCACGAGAAUCGCCCAGUUCAUGAAGGAUUGGGCAGUAGUUCCAGCCACCAUGAUAGCAAUUAGCGGAUUUUUGACGGAACAAUAAAAUUAAAUGUGAAAAAUUGUGCUUGGUACAUAAGGGAAUUGAGCAAAAUAAUCAGCAUAGUCCUUGG